AUGGCUACCGCGGUCUCCAAGCCGACCUCGCAACCCCCGAAGAUGAAGCGGCCGCCCCCGCCUUUUUCGCAGCCUGGGGUCAACGGAGUCAAGGCCCACCAGCCCUCGUCUUCGCCCCAGCUCGCGUCGAAACGUCCCCCGGGAAAUUUUACGGCUACUUCCAGCCCCAAUCUCGCGAACGGCGUGGCCAAUGUGGCGAAUUCCGUCAAGGGUCCCCUGAACCGAACAAGGAACCAGUCGCAAAAGCUCGCGGACGCAUCUUCGCGACUUGGCCGGCCAUUGACGAGAGGGGAACUGGCUGACAAUGAAAACCGAUCCGGGAGGACGUUCCCUGAGCCAUAUGUUAAAACCACACCAUAUAUCCUCAAGAAAUACGCCAAAUGCCCACCAUCCCUCAUCGUGCAUCUGCACCUGACGCAUUUUCGAUUCGAGCAGCAAGAUGGCAGCUUCCCGUACAAUUCGGAGAUGAAGAUUAUUAUCGAGCACAUUCGUGCUGGGACUGUUCCUUAUGACAUGAUUGAAGAGCUGCUGCGAGCUGGCGUACGCUUUUACGAAGGCUGUCUCAUUGUCCGCGUCGUCGACCACAAAUCCGUGUCGGCCCAAGCUAGGAAGUCCUCUGCGUCGCCAUCCAAUGGGAACAACGCACCUUUCUCUCUACACAACUAUAACGAGCACGUUACCCCGUCCGCUUACGUUCCUUACCCGAAGCAGAACCAGCUUGCCACUGAUGGCGCGAAGUCUGCGGAUACUGCUAAUCAAGCUCAGCCCAAUGGUGAUGUAUCUGAGCAAGCAGAAUCACAGACCCAAAAGGUUGAACCUUCACAAAAAGCUUCUGCGCCCAAGCCUCGAAUCUUUACCACAGUGCUCCAUCCUACUCCGCGCACAUUGCAGGCAGAGCUGACUUUACUUGUCACCACACCUGACCCCAAAUCUGCAAGGUCAUCGACUGCAAACCAGCUCGCCCGGACACAGUCAUCGUCAGUUGUGCCUCAAUCGCCAGCAUCCGCCGGUAACCAAGAGCGCCCCGCAAAAAGACAGAAGACUCUUGUUGAACCGCAGGAUCUUCCAGAAUGUGAAGCAAAGUUGACUCGAGCGUUGGCUGCUCCCCUGUUCCUGGAUACUGUGGACAGCUUUGAAGCAGCGCAGAACCUGCUGAAGUUUCUGGAGAGCCCACUUCAUCGCGACCCUCCACCAUCACCCAAGCGUCGGAAGAGAACCAUCGCCGAGCUUGCGGCUGAUGAGGCGCUGGCUGCGGAGGAAGAGAGAUUUAUGCUCAUUAUGGACGAGCGCUUGGAGCCCACAGUGGCUGGUGCCACCGCGGGUACAAAGGCUGCUGUUGACGAUGCGGGCGGUGUGGCGCCGUUCGAACCCCGGUUCUCUCGAUUCAAGACACUGGAGACUAUUCGCAUGCAGCUUGAUGAUAAGGCUAAGCGCGAACAUGAGAUGAGGAUGAAGCAGGAGCUGGCCAAGAGGCAACAGGCAGAUCAGGAGAGAGAGCGGCGUCGCGCACUUGAACAGCGCCAAGCUGAAGAACAUAUCAAGGAAGAAGCACGGAGACAUCAGCAAUUGGCCGCUCAGCAGGCUCAGGCUCAGCUUGCCGCUCAGCAACAAAAUCGACAUGUCAUGGCACAGCCAAACGGUGUCACCCAAGGACAGCAGUCCUCGCCGGUUGUGCGCAACCAGACUCCUCACAGUACAUCGUCUCCAUUGGUCGGCAACACCAUGGCUCAUCAGGCGGUUCCGAUGAGCAUCAGCGCCUCUCAACAGUCGGGAAGCCCACCACGACCUCCAUCGGCCUUGCAGCAUGCUCAUCCUAAUGUCAUGAGUCAUCCAAUGGCUCCGUCACGAAGUCAACAAGGCCCAAGCCGGCAUGGAACUCCGCAGAUGACCCAAGGCACGCCAGCCAUGUCGCAAGCUACACCCAUUAUGCGCAAUGUUACCCCAACUCAGCGGAUGGGCCACAGCAGUCCAAAUCAUCCGAAUAUGAACCAGACUCCGAUGAUGAACCAGGCAAUGCCUGCGAAUCCCCAGAUGAACGGUGGCAUGGGUCUCACGCCCCAGCAGCAACUGCUCUUGCAACAGAGACAGCAACAGCUUCUUGCUCAACAACAAGGGCAUAUGGGACACAAUCAAUUUACACCGCAGCAGCUUGCUCAAAUGCAGGCUAAUGCACAUGCGCAGCAAAAUAUUCAAUCCCACCAGCAACAACUGUUACAUGCUCAACAACAACAGCAGCAGCAACACCCGCAGCAAAAUCAGCAACCCAUGCAGAAUGCCGGCAAUCAACACAAUCAGCAGGCGUACCAGGCUCAGCUCAUGCGUGCUCAAUUCCAGCAGAUGCAGAUGGUCAAGCAGCAGCAAGGUGGCCAGCAACCGCAGCGACAGGGCCAGCAGAAUCAACCUCAGCAUGGCAGUCCGCAAAUGACGCCUCAGCAGCAACAGGCGCAGCAGCAGCAGAUGAUGAUGGCUGCCGCCCAGGCCAAUGGUGGCCAGGUCCCUCCGAACAUGCAGGGUAUGAAUAUGGCCCAAAGAUAUAACCAGCUUUAUCAACAACGAUUGCUGCGACUGCGACAUGAAAUGUCGCAGCGGUAUAUGCCGCAGUACGGGCCACCAACCCAGUAUCCGCCGCAGAUUGCACAGCAAUACGGCCCUGGGCUCGAGAAGAACGCGAAAGCCUGGGUACAGGAUCUCAUGCGGCGCGAGCGUGAAGCUGCCCAGCAACAGCGCGCCAACCAAGUUCAAGCUGCUGUGCAAGCUCAGCAAAUGCAGCAACAACAGAACAUGAUGCAUAACGGGAUGGGCAAUUGA